CUCUUCUUCUUCUCCUUGUAAACAAAUUUUUGUGUUGAGGCCGCUGGUUGAAAAAUAUUAACAAAUGCGUUUUCAAAGCUGAACCACACUAAGAUGGACAACAAAAAGGACAUCUACAACCUGUGGGUGCAAUACACAACCAAGAAUGAUGAGACAUACUUUCGUGAAUUUGUGGCACGCUUUGUGGACAUUUGGCGCAGUCAGCUGCAAUUGGACUUUCAGUCCGACAACUGUCCGCUGUGGCAUGAAGUGCAGCCAGAUAAUGGACCACAUCUUGGUCGGCUGCCCGAUGAACUGCUGCCCGCCAUUGGGAAGUUCAUAAUUGUCGCUAGGGAUAAGUGCGAUACGGAUAAUCUGGAUGAGCAGGGCAUCGAACAGGUGGCCAUAUUGAUUGACUGUUUGGUUAUUGUAUGCCGGCAUUUUGACAAUAUAUUGGCCAUCAUUAAGUACGAGUACAAGCCCAAUCUAAUCGCCAUACUUACAAAAGUAUUUGCCCAGCAAAUGGAGCAGCCGCGUUCCUCGCUGGCGAUGAGUCAUUUGUUCCGCAGCUUUUCAUCAUUUCUGGAGGUCAUGUACGAUCCUUAUCUAACUUGGCGCAGUUUUCUGCGCAACAAAUUGGCAGAUUAUAGUCGAUUGCCCUACAAGCCGCAUGCCGUGCAUGUAGAAAUUGUGCCCUUUAUCUAUGAUUGCUUUCAGAACGAAUCGCUGUUAAAGUUUGCCGACAUUGGAGAGAGCCUGCUGCAUGUGCUGGGCGCCAUUAUCAGCGGCUCUCAGAAAACUCUAAACUCGAAUUCAACAUCUAGAAAUACUACUAACGCUCUAAUUACUACAAACGCCCUUCGAUCCGGUGAUGGGCUGCUUCUAAACUGUGAUAAUAAUUUGCGCAAUGGCAUGCGAGCAAUAUGCCCAGCAACUGUAUCCAUUAUCAUGCGCAUUCUGCAGCAGUGGGAGAGCGCGAGCAGCCUGCGCCAUGUGGCCCUCAAUUGCUAUGCUUUGAUGGUCAUUGUACUACAAAAAUCUAGUCCAGAAGAACGCCAAAUAGAUCUAGUUACACUAAUCCAACUCUAUUGUGAUGCACUGCAGCAGCUGUUGGCGACAACGCACUUUGACAGCGGCGCCGCUAGCUUUGAUAUAACCAGCGACACGGACAGCGACGUGGCUAUUGAUAUGACUGCCCUCUCAGCCAGUGUGGCCGCUGUGCAGCUCUUCUUAAAUAGUAACGCACAUGGCGGCGAUGUCUGCGAGGCCAUUGGCGAGACAAAUCUGCUAGAGCUACUCAUUGGCUUGCCCCAAAGCAUACGGCCUUGGCACAUAUCCCACAUAGCCGCUCUGAGCAGCACUAUGGAAGCCUUGGCUGCCUUGACACAGAGUUCGCCACGUUGUGCAGAGCAGCUGCGUCUAGCUGAACGCAUUGAACGUCUCUUCGACAGCAUGCGUGAAUUUGAAGCACCUUCAAUUGCGCUCUUGGAUGCUUGCUUCAGCUUGGGCUACAGUGCGGAACAGCGUGUGUUGGUGUUGCCGGAGGUCAUGCUGCAGCUGUUGAAAUGGCUGCCUGAUCUGCAGGAGCAGGAGCAGCUGCAUGUCAGCGUGCUACUGCUCAAGGGCUGCACGGAUAACUAUGGCACUAAAACUGUUGCUUGUGGCAGUCGCGUGGUUAAAGCUGUUUGCGUUUGUUUGCUGCGCAGCGAGCUGCUGGCCGAGAACUGUGCCCAGAAUCUAAUCAAGCUGAUCGAGGAGCUAAGCAAGCUGAGCAUCGUACCCGUGGAACUCAAGUGCAUAUUUGCAUUGCUGCGACAAGGCACAAACUUUGCACAGUGCAAGCAGCUGCAACAGACCAUUGUUAUGAUUGCGCUGCAAAGCCUGCGGGGCAACAACUGCUGUUCACAAUAUUUUGCCAUUGAGCAACCAACGGAUGGAAUUUUAGUGCCCGACAUUAAGAACUGGACACUGUCUGGAUCGUAUGGCUUCAUAUUUCACCUGCUCGUGCGCUUCAAUACGCUCGAUCAACCAGAGUCGAAUACGCGUCGCAUGCUGCUCACCUUGCACACGGCCAGCGGCAGUGGCUUUGAGGUCUUUGUGCAGCCCAAUGGCAAUGUGGUGGUAGCUGCUUUAACGCGUCGCGAAUACCUAACCACAGCAACCGCCACGAAAACGUUGCUGGAUGGACAGUGGCAUUAUCUCACAGUGGCCAUAACGCCGCCAAAGCGUCCUUUCUCCUACAGCCAGAUUAACAUCUACGUGGACUUUGUGCAGAAGUUGAGCGCUACGCUUAAAGUGCAGGCUGUGAAUGAACCCUUUACCAUGUGUGGGGUGGGCGCUGUGCUGGGUCCACCACCCAAGCAAAAUGAAGUGGGCAAAGGAGGAUCAUUGCCACGUUCCUCCUCUCAAGAGAGCGGACCGGCCUACAAAGGCAUGCUACCCAGUCUGCUAGAGCGCACGUUGUCAGCAAAUGUUUCCAACUAUUUUACGCUGCCGCUGCGCACCCAAACCGCCUUUGAUCCCAAUGUGAAGAACUUUCCAAUUGGCAUGCAGGAUACGGUAUUUGGGGAGCAGGUUUGCCUGCAGGGUCAGCUAGGUGGCGUGUUGCUAGCGGAGCCCACAACGAGCCUGAAGACUAUUUUUGAUGCCGGCAUAAAUUUCAGUUCGAUCUUCUCCCAGGAUAAUGAUUUGCUGGAAUUGAAUUCUCGUUUUGUCUUCUGUUUUGCGCCUGGAGCAGUUUGGCAUAGCAACUGCCAGGACUUGAUACCAGGUGGCAAGUAUCCAGGCCGCAUAAGCGCACAGUACUGCAAGACCAUAAAGAUACAGGAUACGAUCAAUAGCAUCGGUGGUAUCAAUGCCAUACUGCCCAUGCUGCAUCGCUUAGUCAAGGAACAGGAUGUGGAUGUGUCCAUUGGAAGUGCGAGCGAUGAAUCGGCGCCAUCACCAACAACCCCUUCGCUAAAGACGCCCACGGCCGAGGAGUUUACGGACUGGGAAAUGCUGUCGUCCAAUAUGUAUACAGAAUGGAAGAUGAUUCAACAUCCCUUGGCCAGUCUGCUCUGCCUGCUGCGUUAUCUGACCCACGAGCAUGAAAACAAUCAGCAACAGCUGCUGAGCAGCGAUUGCCUGGCCAUCAUUGGGACCAUGCUCCAGCGUUGUCCUGCUCAAUUCUUCGAUGUGAAUGCGUUGAUGGCCACGCAUCUGCUAAUGGAGUCGCUGCAAGCACACAAGGCCAUGCCAGCCGGCAAUGCCCAGCUGCUGGAUGCACUGUACGAGCACAUAGUCUUUGAUUUUGCCAUUUGGUCGCGUCUGCAGUUCCAAAUAACACUCGGACAUGCUCAAUAUUUGAGUGCCAUGAUCAAGAAUGAUAGGAAAUACUUUCGACGACGCUAUGGCGUGCAAUUCAUGCUGGAUGUAGUGCGUCAGUAUUACAGCACACCAGACAACAUUUGCAGCGAUGAUGCGCGCACGAUUCGGGCCACGCUGUUCAGCAUUGUUCGCUUCUAUUUGCAGAAGGAUGUGAACAUCAAGGAGGUGAAUGCUAUUAUUGCCUUUCUGGCCUCGGUGCGGCAGGAGCUUGUGCUGGUCGAGCUGCUCGAAAUGCUGACGUUGUAUGUGCGUGGCAAGAACUGCAAGGAUCAGAUGGUGCUACUGCUGCACGAGCCUCAAAGCGCAAAUCUCAUCUACAAUUUCUUUGUGGACAAGGGCUACAGCAGCGAGAUUCAAGAGGCGGCUAUACGAUUCAUUGGCGCCUUGUUGUCGACUUCACGUGUGCAUCAAAAGUACAAACAGGUGUUGCGUCUGUACGAUUCGAACAGCGAGCAGAGCAUGUUUCCAGGUUUCUUUUCCUUCAUAACGCCCAUGUCGCUCAGCUCCACGAUAUUAUUUUAUCUUGUGGACGAGAUGCUGGGUGCCCAACCGGACUAUAGCGGGCUUAUGUUUGUCGUCUAUCAUGUCAGCAGCUGUGAUCUACAGGUGAAGCUGGAAAUUGCGAAGCGUCUGCUGCAAACGACGUUUGUUAAACAGCAAUCGACGUUGGCGAUUGCUAAGCAAACCGGUUGGCAGGAGUCCAUUGCUCGGCUGCUCAUUCGAAAGCCCAUCACGAGCAUACCACCAGUUGAGGAACGCCGUCGCAGCUUUGGCAUCAAUAUGGAUGUGUUGCUCGAGGAUAACUCCACUUUCUUGGCACAAGCAGAUCUAAUUACCUUCUCGGAUCAGGAGAUUAACCUGGCGGAACUGCAACAGCAGCAGCAACAGUCGCAGGAGGAGCAGAGUGACAGUGGACUCAUACUCAAUGAGAUACAAGCGAGCGUCUCCGAGGCAGCCACUGUCAUUGAGAGCGAAAUUAAGGAACUCGCUGAAUCUGUUUCCGGCGCUGUCGUUGAGAAUGUGAACAGCGUAUUCUCGGUUAUACGUCAGACCACGCACGAUAUUCAAGACACCUUCGAGUCACUGACACUGGGCAACUCCACAGAAACUGAGAAUACGCCCAGUGUUUCGCUGCAGCGUGAGGAAUCGUUGAGUUCCGAAAGCUCAACACAAUCGCCGCAUGGACCAGCUAAGAAAAGUGAUUCCAUGGAGAGCACUUCAGGCUUUGACUUCAUGGCCGAGGGCGAUGUGGACAGCGAGGAGCAGCUGGUUUAUUUGGUGUCAAAUACGUUAUUCAACGUUUUCUGGCGCGGCAUUGGCAACGAUCAUCCGCAAUGCUGGCAGGAACGCGGUCAAGUGCUCGGCUGCAUUAAUUUGCUGGCAUUAAACAAUGAGCUUAUCACCUCGCAUUUGUCGCUGCGUCUACGCAUCUUGGAAAUGGCAGUGCAAGCUUCACUAUUCGAUCUCUCGGAGCAUGGCAGUCAAACGCACAUCAAUCAGGAGAAUGCCUCAAAUAUUCUGCGUAUGGUCUAUGAGCUGGUGGUGCUUGGCUCCAAUGAGGAUGAGUCCAAGAAGUGCUCCACCAAACUGUUGGAUGGCGUGCUAGCUCUACUCGAUGCUCUGAUGAUCUUCCAGCAGGGCUCCUCCGAUGAUUGGUCAGAUAUGAUACGUCUGUAUCUGGGUCUGUUGCUCAAAUGCUCGCAUCAUCCCAAUCCGGGUAUUGUAGCCAUGGCCACAGCCAAGUUGCAUGCCAUACUUCAAAGUCGCUCCACAGAGGAUCCCGCCGAGCUCUCCUACCUGCUGUACAGCAUCAACAGGGCGCUCGAUAAUGCCAUUGAAGUUGGCAAUCCGGAGGAGUAUUCGUUUUUGAUGCCUGUAAUGAAGGCGCUGCUGGAGAAAUGUCGCUCCGCUUUCAAUUUGGACACGACACUGCCGGACCUGCCAUCAACGUCGUCUGGUCCGGUAUUCUUCAACGACUUUCAAAUGUACAGCACAAGCAAAAAGUGGCGCAACUUUAUGGAACGUAUGGUGAAGCCGCUCUACGAUCGCUAUCAACGCGAGAUCGAGCUGCAUCUGUGGGAGCCAAUCAAUCGCUUCUGGGCCGAGUGCUAUGAGGCCUGCAAGGCGGCCUCGAAGCAGCGGGCCAGCUUUCAGGCGACGAAUCGUCGGGUCUUUCAGCAAAAGAUCUACAUGCCAUGGAAGGUGCGCCAGGUGGAGGAGAUGCAGCGAUUGCAAAAUGCUGCGCUGCAGCACAAAACGAACGACAGUCACAUACGGAAGAAAUGGAAGACCGCCAAGCGUUUCUUGUACGGCCCUAGGGGCCCAUGGUUUACCGGCGAGUUAGGUGAGGAGUUUUGGAAAUUGUCGCCACACGAAAAUGUGGCACGCAUGCGCCUCAAGCUGGAGCCGCAAUUGUAUCCCAAUAAACACGAAAACGCUGCUAAUUUGCGCGAUAAUGCGACCAGUGCCUACGAUACAAAAGAAAUAUCCGAGUUUGAUUCGACUAUCAAAAAUGCAGUGGUACGAGAUUUUCUGGCCGACGACGAAAGCUCCCAGCUAGAGGAGGAGCUGCGUCAGUUAAUUGAUACGCAGUCGCAGCAGGAUACGGCACUGGAGAAGCUGGUUAUAUCGCAGGAUUGUGAGCUGAUCACGCUUAUGACUAAGGUCAAAGGUCGCAUUGAAGUCAAUCAGAGUGUAUUCACGUUUGUAGACAUGAGUCCGCCACUGGAGGACGGCUCCAAGCACGAUUUUCGGUUUUCCAUCAACAAAAUACGCGAAGUUCACCUACGCAAGUAUAACUUGCGCCGCAGCGCCUUGGAGAUCUUUCUGAUAGAUCAGACUAGCUAUUUUCUUAACUUUACAACUAAGACCCGUAACAAGGUCUUUACUAAGAUUGUUGGUUUGCCCUUGCCGAACAUACUUUAUGGCUCUGGACGCUCCCCGCCAGAGCUGCUGCGUGCGUCGGGUCUCACCCAGCGUUGGAUCAAUCGUGAAAUAUCCAAUUUUGAGUACUUGAUGUACUUAAAUACCAUAGCUGGCCGCUCUUACAAUGAUCUCAGUCAAUAUCCCGUAUUCCCCUGGAUUCUGGCUGACUACACCAGCGACGUGUUGGAUUUAACCGAUCCUCGCUCCUUUCGUGACUUGUCCAAGCCCAUUGGAUGCAUCAAUCCCAAAAAUGAAGCAGAGGUGCGCUGCAAAUACGACUCCUUCGAGGAUCCAUCGGGUGCCAUACCUAAAUUUCACUAUGGUACGCACUAUUCCAAUUCGGCGGGCGUGCUGCACUAUCUGCUCCGCGUUGAGCCGUUUACCUCAUUGCACGUGGAACUGCAGAGCGGACGCUUCGACGUGGCUGAUCGACAAUUUCACUCCAUACCGCAAACGUGGAAGCUAUUAAUGGACAAUCCCAAUGAUGUCAAGGAGCUAAUACCCGAGUUCUUUUACUUUCCAGAGUUUCUCAAGAAUAUGAAUAAAUUCGAUUUGGGACACUUACAAAUUACAAAGGAGAAAGUCGACGAUGUCAUUUUGCCUGCUUGGGCCACCACGCCGGAGGAGUUUAUAGCCAUACAUCGACGCGCUUUGGAGUCGGAAUAUGUUAGCCAGCAUUUGCACAACUGGAUCGAUUUGAUCUUUGGUUACAAGCAGAAGGGCGCCAAAGCCGUGGAGGCUCUCAACGUUUUCUACUAUUGCUCCUAUGAAGGCGCCGUGGAUCUCGAUAAAAUAACCAAUCCCAUUGAACGGGAGGCAGUGGAAGGCAUGAUCAACAACUUUGGACAAGUACCGUCGCAGCUGCUGCGUGAACCGCAUCCGCGUCGACUCACACAGGAUGAGACGGCAAUAAAAUUGUUGCGCUCAGAACUGAAGCGCCCCGAUUUUACGCAGUUCCUGGACAAGGUGGUGCAGUACUACUGUGAGCUAUCCACGCCCAAGGAUCCCAUUGUCUACCUAAGUCCGCCGCGAAGUCCGCCACGCUCCUUUCUACAGCUUAGUCCCGAUGUGCUAGUCAGCGUUUCCAAAGGCUGCAUCCUUGGCUGCAAUUCAUGGAUGUCCUUUGACAAAGAGCAAGGAUUUUUAUUGGAAAUCGAUGCAACUACAACAAAUCUGAAAAAUCGCAAACGCGUCUUCGGCCCCUUCCACGCCUCGCAGCCACCGCAUUCGCAGAACUUUGCAGUCAGCACGGAUGGCAAAUUGCUUUAUGCCGGCGGCAUAUGGGACAAUGCGCUGCGUGUCUACAGUCUAAACAAGGGCAAGACCUUGGCUUCUGUCACCCGCCAUCUGGACAUAAUCACCUGCCUGGCGUUGGAUAACUGUGGCUCGUAUCUGGUCACCGGCUCCCGCGAUUGCACUUGCAUUGUGUGGAGCAUACAGGGCAAUCAGCAGAGCGGCGGCCCAGCCAACAACAUUCCAGUGCACGCCUUGACAGGACAAUCCCAUCUGCAGGCCAUCACACAGUUGAACACCCAGAAUAGCUACUCACCAAAGCCACUCACUGUUCUCUAUGGCCAUGACGAUGCGGUGUCCAGCGUGGCCAUCUACACAGAGCUGGAUCUCGUUGUCUCGGGCUCGCUGGACGGCACUGUUAAUGUCUACACCCUGCAGGAGGGCCAAUUUGUGCGCACACUCAAGCCCAUUGGCUGCACCGAGUCCUGUGUGCAAAUCUCCUACGUAACUGUUUCAUAUCAUGGUCACAUCGCCUUCAGUGCUUUGGACGACACUUCGCAUUCGGUGCACGUGUAUAGCAUCAAUGGAGCCAGCCUGGGCUCCAAGUACGUCUCAGGACGUGUCACAGGAUUGGCCAGCGCCUCGGACUAUCUGGUGGUGGCCGAUGAUGCCGGCGACAUAACCAUGAGUCGCCUGCACGGGCUGAAGCCCGUCUUUGACAUUCCGCUGCAUGUGCCCAUCCAGACGGUAGUCGUGACACCCGGCAAUACGCAUAUCCUAGCGCCUUUACGUGACGGCCGCUUGGCCGUGGUGGCCGUGCAACUGCCUCUAGCUGGCAGCAAAAAGCAUUCCGUGCUCAAUGUCUAAACGCUCUCGACUUUAGACUCUCCAUAUCGCAAUAGUCCUUUAGAUUACUUUUUAUCGCUUGACUUCUUGUGUCUUUUUGCCCAUUUUGUUCUACAUUUAUUUCUUAAAGAUAUAUAUUUAUUUUUCGUGUCGUUACGUGCCAAAAGAAAGAAAAAAACAAAGUUUAUAUUGGCCAAAAAGCAGGCCAACAAAUUUUGCUAGUUGGGCUCGCCUCAAAUAUUUUCCAGGUAGAUAAAUGUAUCUCUCGGAUACACAAAUUCCAUUAGCUGUAAUGAAAGCACUCGUUUCAUACGGUUCGUCAGACUUUAGCAUAUUCUGCACUUAUUCACUCUGAUCUAUCGGGUGAUUCCCCCUGAUGCAAACUAAUACCCAGCAAAAGCAUUUCUUUCUUGUGGCUUAGCAGCAGCUGGCAUACCCUGCCAACUCACUUGAAGUAGCUUUGUGCACAGUGAAAUGUAUCUAUCAGAUACUGGCAUAGAUGACGGCUAGCUAUACCCUGUAGUUGGGCUGUCUGCAGUGUUGGGCAUAGUCUAGCAUACCCCAGCACUUGUUCACUAGACUUUCCUGUGCGCUCUGUGAAUUCCCUCGAAGUAUCUCAGCUUAUAUCUAGGCAGUCUAAAGUGUAUCUAUCAGAUGCCCGAGGGCCAUUAGCGUUAAACGCAAUUCCCUGUAAAUCCAGCCUCAGCUAGGUGGCCCAUCCAUCUUUAUUGUAUCCAAUCCCCGCUAUCUAUCAUGCCCAUCUCUACCUCUCUCCCUCAGUCGCCCUGUUGCUCCGUCUCUUUUGCGAGCAAUUAUUCACUUGUCUUUCGUGCCGGAUCGCUUUGCAGCGCGGUGCUUUGCGCGCGCCUUCCAAUUAGCUUGACAAAUUCGUAUAAAUCAUUUAUCAUUAGGCUGACGUUUGUUGUAUUUCUUUUUUAUUUUUCUUAUUUUCUUACUUUAUAUAUUUAUAUAAAUUAGCACAUCGUGCCGUCAUUCAAGCGACAAAAACUGGUUGCCGGCAAGUGGACCGGUCCGCGUGUCCCUCCCUGAUCGCUGUAUCUUUCUCUCUCUCUCAUUCUCUCUCUCGCUCUUUGCCCCACGCAACCCGCUGCCAUUUCCGUUUGCACUGAGUCACGCGCGACUUUCAAAUCGCCAUCAAAAUCUGCCCGGCAACAGCGCGACGCGAGGUGGCGUUCAGUUUUUUGGCCACACUCGAAAACUCGGGCCAACUUUCGUUGCCAGCGCGAAACACAAAUGAAACAAAAAAAACUGUAUCUGUAUCUGUAUCUGCCACUGCAACUGCAACUGCAGCAACAUCGGCAUCAGCAUCUGCAUCUGCAUCUGCAUCUGUAUCUCGAGUGAAUGCAUUUCCAAUUGACAAGUAUUAUAUAUCCUAAAAUUAGAGUCCGUCCACGAAUUUAAAGUUUUCGCAUCGAAAUUCCAUUCGCUUUUGUUUCUCUCUUUUCUUUCGGCUGCCAUCCACGCCAAAAGGCCUGGUACAGCCCCCGACCUACCCUAGGACAACCUUUUCCAAUGACAAGUGACAAUAUAUAGUAGACGAUCGUUUGAUAGGUUUUUCUGUUUGUUUCUUGUUGCUCAACUCGUUACAAGCGCACAAUAUCAGCACGUAAUAUACAUAUAUAUAUAUAAUAUGCUAGAGAUUAUCACAACAGCAGCUCCUAACUAUGCGUAACUCUGGACUUGCAGUGCGAUCGAUACGCAACAUAAGUCAACUAUGCAAUUAUUUACUUAAACACUUAGCUCCAGUAGCGAACACUAUCAUCUUGUUAACUCUCAAUACUUAUAACAGGGCUGUCAAGAGGAUUUCGAAUACGUUUGAGCAAAAAAAAGUUACGAAAUUUAGAUUUUGGAAAGUUCAAUCUCGCUGAACUCGUGGAAGCUUAGCUCUUCUUGGCGCAUGUCAAUUGAUUACAACUGAUUCAGAAGACUGCGAAAAGUCACAAAUGCCACAAAUCCGAAAAGAUAUAGUUUUCAAAGAGUCGGAGCUAGAACAAACUGAUUUCGGUUUCGAUUCAAAUUUUAACCAAAAAUGUGAUAUUCGAGUUUUUCUAAAAUCAGACUAAACUUAGCUGAGCUAUACAAGCUCUACAGACUCUUCAGCCGCUAAUUUUCGAGUCUUUUCUGGCAUUCCCGUUUCGAACCGGUACGUUUUUAACCGCUUCGCAGCCCUGACUUACAUAUACGUAAAUGUGUUUGCUCGUUAUUUGUUACUAAGAGAAAAAAGAAAGCAAAAAAAAAGAGUUCUUCGACCUUCCCUAGCUGUAGAUAAUGUAACACUGUAUAGAUUGUAUUGAAUAAACUGUGUCAAUAAAAUGUUGAAAACCAAUACCA